ACUGGCUGCGGUACCACGAGCAUACUCCCUUCAAGUGUCAAGACGCCUCCCCCCGUCUGUGGUUAUAACAGCCCUGGCGUAGUUGCUUUUCCUGAGCCAGGAGUGUCAAUGGGAACAGUGUCAAUGGCAUUGAUGACUGGAGUUUCUCCUGGAAUUGUCUCCUCUUCAUCAACCACCCCCACUGCGACUUCUAGUUCUGGCUUCCUUGGCAGUAUCUCAAGUUGCUCGGACGGCUGGCUAGCUGAGGCCUCAUCCCUUGGACUUGUGCCUAAUGCCGGCCCUCUGGUGAUGCUGACUGGGACCCCCACGGGCCACCUAGCAAACCCGCCUUCCUCUUGUUCUUCAUCGUCGUCACCCUCAAUAUCUUCGGCAUGUAUUUUACCCUCAACCUGUCUUGAAGAAGACCUUCUCCUUAUGUCUGAGACGACAACGCCUGCCUUGAACAAACGAACUGCAGGGAUACCUCUUGGUCAAAUGGGUCAAAUGCAGUCUAAUGGAGAUUUUCAGCCGGUGUCUGGAGCAUCGGCUGGCCUUGGAGUUGUCGGUUUGGUAGGCGACAUUGACGGACGUACUCGAGCGUCUCCUAGUCGCACAGUCAUUUCGAAUCCAACCAACCUGCCUGCCGGAGACAGCUUCGUGACUCUAACUCCUGCCCCGGGCGACCCACUACCUCAAGCUACCUUGAAUGGCAUUGCUCUCCUGAUGCCUGUUGUUCCCGUCCCAGGUCAUCAAGCCCCCUCGUCUGCCUUCGCGGCUAGCGGGAGCCCAGUUUCUACCUCUUCUGCUCGUACUUUAGGCGGAAGGCUUGGUGGAAAAUCCUCUGCCCCACCCACUGCCACCAUAUCGGCUAGCAGCUGCAGUGGUAGCAAUAUAGGCUCAACCGAUUUGGCAUCUGGAACUAGCACAAAUAUAACUCAAAACGUCUUAUGUAUAGGAAAUGAAGCCUUAGGAGCCAGCCGAGAGCAGUUGUCGAGCGAAAUAGCCAUGGCAGCGACAGUGGCCAAAGCGACAACCACCACAACAAUGGUGACGGCGAACUUAGUAACAAGUGGAAUGGGGACGUCGGGUGACAAAAAGUGCAAAGUUUGUGGGGAUAAAGCAGUGAACCAUAAUUUUGGCCAGUUGACCUGCGAGUCUUGCAAAGCCUUCUUUCGACGUAAUGCGCACAAGGUAGGCAUUUAG